GGAAAGAGGCAGAGGAGCUUCUCUCUCUUUCAUAGUUCAACCCUCCUUAGAAACAUAAUAUACAAAAAAAGGAAAAUAAAGUCUCGUUAUCUUUUCCGACAAAAACAUAGAGAUACAAUUUGCGAAAAUCUCUGCUCUUUCAAAUCCCGUUAUCGCAAUCGAUCAACCGAAUACACAAAAGCUCUCAACUUUCUCUCUCUUUCUGAGCGAACUCUCUCUCCCUCUCUCUCUUUAAAUCCAUCAAUUCUCUGCUCUUUCAGAUCCCAUUAUCGCAAUCGAUCUCUCAGAAAACCCAACCGAAUACAAAAAGCUCUCAACUUUCUCUCUCUUUCUGAGGGAACUCUCUCUCUCUCUCUCUCUCUCUCUCUCUCUCUCUCUCUCUCUCUCUUUCUCUGUCUUUAAAUCCAUCAAAUCUCUGCUCUUUCAGAUCCCACUAUUGCAAUCGAUCUCUCAGAGAACCCAACCGAAUACAAAAAGCUCUCAACUUUCUUCGGUUUCUGAGGGAGCUCUCUCUGUCUCUCUCUUCAAAUCCAUCAUGUCAAACCCUGCAAACUCUCUGCGAGUGAAUGCUCACAGGUGUACAAACAUGAGCACUCUACACGAGAAUCAAAUCUGUGGUGUUUAA